ACUAAUGGACUCAACCACAGCGACGGCGGAGCUCGGCUGGAUCGUGCAUCCUCCAUCAGGGUGGGAAGAGGUGAGCGGCUACGAUGAGAACAUGAACACGAUCCGCACGUACCAGGUAUGCAAUGUAUUUGAGUCAAGCCAGAACAACUGGCUACGGACCAAGUUCAUCCGGCGCCGCGGCGCCCACCGCAUCCACGUGGAGAUGAAGUUCUCCGUGCGCGACUGCAGCAGCAUCCCCAGCGUGCCCGGCUCCUGCAAGGAGACCUUCAACCUCUAUUACUAUGAGGCCGACUUUGACUCGGCCACCAAGACCUUCCCCAACUGGAUGGAGAACCCCUGGGUGAAGGUGGACACCAUCGCGGCCGACGAGAGCUUCUCGCAGGUGGACCUGGGUGGCCGGGUCAUGAAGAUCAACACCGAGGUGAGGAGCUUCGGGCCCGUGUCCCGCAGUGGCUUCUACCUGGCCUUCCAGGACUAUGGCGGCUGCAUGUCCCUCAUCGCUGUGCGUGUCUUCUACCGCAAGUGCCCCCGCAUCAUCCAGAAUGGCGCCGUCUUCCAGGAGACACUGUCAGGGGCCGAGAGCACCUCGCUGGUGGCCGCGCGGGGCAGCUGCAUCGCCAAUGCUGAGGAGGUGGACGUGCCCAUCAAGCUCUACUGCAACGGGGACGGCGAGUGGCUGGUGCCCAUCGGGCGCUGCAUGUGCAAAGCGGGCUUCGAGGCCGUGGAGAAUGGCACCGUCUGCCGAGGUUGCCCAUCUGGAACCUUCAAGGCCAACCAAGGGGACGAGGCCUGCACCCACUGUCCCAUCAACAGCCGGACCACUUCAGAAGGGGCCACCAACUGCGUCUGCCGCAAUGGCUACUACCGAGCCGACCUGGACCCGCUGGACAUGCCCUGUACAAGUACGUCUGGNGCACCCCAGGCUGUGAUCUCCAGCGUGAACGAGACCUCCCUCAUGCUGGAGUGGACCCCGCCCCGCGACUCGGGGGGCCGCGAGGAUCUCGUCUAUAACAUCAUCUGUAAGAGCUGUGGCUCAGGCCGGGGCGCCUGCACCCGCUGUGGGGACAAUGUGCAGUAUGCGCCCCGCCAGCUGGGCCUGACCGAGCCCCGCAUUUACAUCAGUGACCUGCUGGCCCACACCCAGUACACCUUCGAGAUCCAGGCCGUGAACGGCGUCACCGACCAGAGCCCCUUCUCGCCUCAGUUCGCCUCCGUGAACAUCACCACCAACCAAGCAGCUCCAUCGGCUGUGUCCAUCAUGCACCAGGUGAGCCGCACCGUGGACAGCAUCACCCUGUCGUGGUCCCAGCCCGACCAGCCCAACGGUGUCAUCCUGGACUAUGAGCUUCAGUACUAUGAGAAGGAGCUCAGUGAGUACAACGCCACGGCCAUAAAAAGCCCCACCAACACGGUCACUGUGCAGGGCCUCAAAGCCGGCGCCAUCUAUGUCUUCCAGGUGCGGGCACGCACCGUGGCAGGCUACGGGCGCUACAGUGGCAAGAUGUACUUCCAGACCAUGACAGAAGCCGAGUACCAGACAAGCAUCCAGGAGAAGCUGCCACUCAUCAUCGGCUCCUCGGCGGCUGCCCUGGUCUUCCUCAUUGCCGUGGUUGUCAUCGCCAUCGUGUGUAACAGACGGGGGUUUGAGCGUGCGGACUCGGAGUACACGGACAAGCUGCAGCACUACACCAGCGGCCACAUGACCCCAGGCAUGAAGAUCUACAUCGACCCUUUCACCUACGAGGACCCCAAUGAGGCAGUGCGGGAGUUUGCCAAGGAAAUUGACAUCUCCUGUGUCAAAAUUGAGCAGGUGAUCGGAGCAGGGGAGUUUGGUGAGGUGUGCAGUGGCCACCUGAAACUGCCAGGCAAGAGAGAGAUCUUUGUAGCCAUCAAGACGCUCAAGUCGGGCUAUACUGAGAAGCAGCGCCGGGACUUCCUGAGCGAGGCCUCCAUCAUGGGCCAGUUUGACCACCCCAACGUCAUUCACCUGGAGGGUGUUGUCACCAAGAGCACGCCUGUGAUGAUCAUCACUGAGUUCAUGGAGAACGGCUCCCUGGACUCCUUCCUCCGGCAAAACGAUGGGCAGUUCACAGUCAUCCAGCUGGUGGGGAUGCUGCGGGGCAUCGCAGCUGGCAUGAAGUACCUGGCAGACAUGAACUACGUUCAUCGUGACCUGGCCGCCCGCAACAUCCUUGUCAACAGCAACCUGGUCUGCAAGGUGUCUGACUUUGGCCUCUCACGCUUUCUGGAGGACGAUACCUCAGACCCCACCUACACCAGCGCCCUGGGCGGGAAGAUCCCCAUCCGCUGGACAGCCCCAGAAGCCAUCCAGUACAGGAAGUUCACCUCAGCCAGCGACGUGUGGAGCUACGGUAUCGUCAUGUGGGAGGUGAUGUCCUACGGGGAGCGGCCCUACUGGGACAUGACCAACCAGGACGUAAUCAAUGCCAUAGAGCAAGACUAUCGACUGCCACCGCCCAUGGACUGCCCAAGCGCCCUGCACCAGCUCAUGCUGGACUGCUGGCAGAAGGACCGCAACCACCGGCCCAAGUUUGGUCAGAUCGUCAACACGCUGGACAAGAUGAUCCGCAACCCCAACAGCCUCAAAGCCAUGGCGCCCCUCUCCUCCGGAAUCAACCUGCCACUGCUGGACCGCACGAUCCCCGACUACACCAGCUUUAACACAGUGGACGAGUGGCUGGAGGCCAUCAAGAUGGGGCAGUACAAGGAGAGCUUCGCCAGUGCCGGCUUCACCUCGUUCGAUGUCGUGUCACAGAUGAUGAUGGAGGACAUUCUCCGGGUCGGGGUCACCUUGGCUGGCCACCAGAAAAAAAUCCUGAACAGUAUCCAGGUGAUGCGGGCACAGAUGAACCAGAUCCAGUCUGUGGAGGGCCAGCCACCUGCCAGGAGGCUGGCAACAGGAAGAACCAAGCGGCGCGCCAGCCAUGGGAUGUCGCCACGAGACGUCACCAAGAACACGUGCAACUCAGAUGAUGGAAAAAAAGGGAGGGGACAACAGAAAAUAGAUCCUGGGAGGGGGCGGGAAAUACAAGGAAUAUUUUUCAAAGAGGAUUCUCAUAAGGAAAGCGAUCAUUGUUCUUGGGGGAAAAAAAAGGGCUUGGGAGAUUCAUGCGGUUUGGCCAAUCGGAGACCAAAAGCAGUUUCUCUCUAACUCCCUCUGGGAAGGCAACCUGGCUGGAGCCAAGAAACACUUUGAGGAAAACAAAUGUGAAAGGGAGAGACCAGGGCCCACCUUCUCUCCUGUCCCCAGGCUGCUCUUCCAGGCCUUGCUCAACAGCCACGUGCCAGGCGGACAGGCGGGCAGCCACCUGGGAACCACUCUGGGAACAUCCAUUCCCGCUGCCACUGGGCAAACAGAAGAAUGUUUCUGUCCUGGAGGCUAUUUUAGAAACUCCAAUGAAAAAGACUUGUUUCUCCUGUUGGCUCAAGGGGCUGAAAAGGGACUCUUGUCUUCCUGGGUCAGGGAGGACACAGGGACGCCAGAAAGGUCGGCCUUCCUGAGGCUGCCCCCCCAGGCCUGCAGCUCCCGGCCCCCCGGGCGCCCACUCCCGACAGCCCCCACCUGGAGGACUGAUGCCGCAGUGACUACCAUCAGCUACAACUGCCACGCCACCGAGGAGGGUUGAUCCUGCGUCUGGGUUUGUUUACAGCGAUUCGUGGACUGGGGGUAUUUUGGUCAGGGGUGAAUUUGGAUUGGGGGUUUGUUUGUUGGUUUUUUUUUUAAUGACAAUGAAGUGACACUUUGACAUUUCCUACCUUUUGAGGACUUGAUCCUUCCCCAGGAAGAAGGUGCUUUCUGCUUACUGACUUAGGCAAUACACCAAGGGCGAGAUUUUAUAUGCACAUUUCGGGAUUUUUAUAUGGUUUUCAUUGACACCCUUCCCUCCUCCCCCUGAAUAGAGUUCCCACCUGCUGCCAGGCCUCACCAAAGCCAACUGCCACGGGGCCAUCUGGGCCAUUCAUAGACUGAGUAGGAUUUGGGCAGAGAUGGGGGGCCAAGGUGGAGGAGCAUCCCCUCCCCGAGGACUGUUUCUGAAAGCAACAGAUUGAGCGGGAAGUAGGCUCUGAGGCUGCAGAGCCAGCAUUCUCUGCCCACUUGUCCACUCUCCUGCCCCAAUAUAUCCAGUACUUUCCAGGCAAAUAGGCCCCUUUGAGGUUCCUGCGUGCCCUCAGAUGGCCAGAACCCAGUUUCACCUCUGAGAGCCUAAACCAGGCUUCAUCAGAGGCCAGGACCCCGAUCAUUCACUGUGAUAUCUCAGCCUCCAGAGCAUCCCCCUCGGAGACACGUGCAGGCAUGCUCCCUUCCUCCCUGGGAGAAAGUGUGUGGUUCUCUCCCACCCCCUUCCCUCCUCCAGACCUUUGCCCAGAUCUGAAAGGUCUUGGCCAUGGGAAAACCCAUCAGCCAAGGGGUCUGGCCACAGUCUCCCUCCUGUGAGCAAAUGCAGGCACCUGAGCGGACCAAUCGGUUAGUGAAUUGAAUGGAAAUAAACACUUUAGUUAUAAAA